AUGAGGUACCAUCGCGAAGAGUAUAGGUUUGAUGCUGCGCAAUUAGGUUACAUUGAAGGCCUGACCAUCACGUCCGAUGGCACGCCAACUGUGCGGUACUUUGGAGGCCUCCCAUACGCUCUGCCGCCGACCGGUCAGUGGCGUUUCCGGAUGCCACGCAGACUGCCCGCAGACUACCAAUAUGGGACGGCAGCUGAACCAGGGCAGUUCACGCGUGGUUCUUGGGUGUGCCCGCAGCCCCCGAGUAGCAACACACCCGAUGCUGCUGUGGUGGACGAAGACUGCCUACAGCUGAACAUCUGGGUGCCGGCCCGGCCUGCCCCUAAAGAUGGCUGGCCAGUGUGCUUCUACAUCCAUGGGGGUUUCCUACAAGUGGGAACUGCUAACCUAAAUCCGGAAUCUCUGGUGCCGCUGCUGAGCGACUCGGCCUUCCAGGCGAUCAUGGUUCUGCCGUCAUACAGGCUCAAUGCGCUUGGUUUCCUCGCAGGCCGCGAACUUGCAGCCGAAGCAGAUGCCUGCCGAGACGCGACGGGGAACAUGGGCCUGUGGGAUCAGAGGGCGGCCCUGGAGUGGACUCAUGACAACAUCUCACGUUUUGGUGGCAAUCCAGCAAACAUCACGGUCGCCGGAUAUUCAGCGGGAGCAUACUCGGCAUUCCAACAGUUGGCCCACGAACUUUGGCACGUUCCCGCGGAAAAGGCCAUCAUUAGAAGAGUCGCAAUGUUCUCGAACGGCCCGGGCGUCAGGCCAAAAUCUCUACAUGAUCAACAGGAGCAAUUUGAUGAAUUCCUCGCGGUGCUCGGUAUUCCUAGGGAUCUGGAAGACAAAGCGAAACUUGCCAAACUUCGGGCUCUUCCUUAUCAGCGACUGAUCGAAGUUCAAAGCGAAAUGAAGAUCUCCGAAUUCCGGGUCUUAGCAGACGACCUCUUCUACCCCAGGGACCUUGUUGAUCGGAUCAACGACGGACAGUUUGCGAGAAGAAUGAAAAGUCGUGGUAUCACGCUAUUAAAUGGGGAAUGCAAGGAUGAACAUACUAUGUACGGUAGGUGGCGAACUCCGGAAGACUCCUACACUGCGGUCUAUGAACGCCUCUACGCGGAAUAUGCCCCUCCGGUCACCCGUGCACUCAUGCGCCACUAUUGUGGGCCUGCGAACAAGCUUCCUUCAGGUUAUACAAGCUGGCGGGACUUUUUCGGGCGCCUUUACGCUUGUGUUCAAGUCCACCAUCUUGAACGCGGCUUCCAUCACGCGUUGUUUGAAGGUGGUCUCCAGCCUGGUAAGGAUGUUUUCCGGUAUCGAUUUGAGAGGUGCCUGCGGUGCGUCGAGGAGACAAUACCGUCCGAAUGGGGAGUGACGCAUCUGACCGAUAUACCCAUCUGGUUAUGGGGCGCCGGCUUCACUGGGGGGCUGACGGACCAGGAGGAAGGUUGGCUGAGAGAAUGGAAUGAAUGUUUUGCUGCAUUUGUCAAUGGAGACCCAGUGAGAUGGGGGCCGGUUAAGCCAAACGAAGUGAGAAGGUGGAGGGCUGACGGCAAAACAGACGUUUGGGAAGAUUCACAGUGGGAAGAGGGUAUAGCAUUUUGGAGAAUUGUCAACACCAGAAGCGCAGAAGCUGACUGGGCUGACGGGUUUGAUAAAUGA